AUUUCUGUGUUUUUGUGUGAAAUCGAGUUCAAUUAAUUCCUACGAAUAAUCGCUCUGGCUUUCGAUUUGGUGUCGGCCUUUCGGUCAAAACGGAAAGGACGCCAAAGCGCGAUGAUCACCCUUCGCCCUGCUUUCCUCGAAAAACCCUAAGCGACCCCACAUUUCUUUUUAUGUUCCCAAUUUUUUUUUAAAAAAAAACAUUUUUUAUUCAGAUACUAAGUCAACCGGAGAUAAAUUGAAAAAGAGAGAGGAUAUUUUGUCUUUUAGGCCUUUUUUUGUGUAUUUUGAUUGUUGGGUUUUUGAGAGAUGUCGUCGGAGAUCGAGGUUGUUGAAGAGGUUCAACCCUUCAAGCAAUCGGAUGGCGUUGUAGCUAAUGGUAAUGGAUAUUGCGGGGGAGGGAACAACAAUGGUGUUGUUGGUGGUUCCGUUGAUGAUGAGAGCCAGAGGAACGAUGUUUACACGGCUGCUGCUUUUGGGGAUUUAGAGAAGCUCCGAAGGUUGGUUGAGUACGAGGGUCGCUCCCUUUCCGAGCCCGAUGGCCUUGGGUACUACGCCCUCCAAUGGGCUGCUUUGAAUAAUAGAACUGCUGUUGCACAGUACAUCAUCCAGCAUGGUGGAGAUAUACAUGCCGCAGAUCACAAUGGGCAAACGGCCUUGCACUGGAGUGCGGUUCGAGGUGCGAUACAAGUUGCUGAUAUUUUACUCCAAGAGGGUGCUCGGGUGCAUGCUGCUGAUAUCUAUGGCUACCAGGUAACACAUGUUGCUACCCAAUAUGGUCAGACUGCCUUUCUUUAUCAUAUUGUUUGUAAAUGGAAUGCUGACCCUGAUGCUCCUGAUUAUAGUGGGAGAAGUCCUUUGCACUGGGCCGCUUACAAAGGUUUUGCUGAUUGCAUACGUCUUCUUUUAUUUCUCGAUUCUGAUAGUGGACGUCAAGACAAAGAGGGUUGCACUCCUCUCCAUUGGGCGGCUAUUAAGGGUAAUCUAGAAGCUUGCACAGUCUUAGUACAGGCUGGCAAGAUGGAGGACUUGAUGGUCACUGAUAAUUCUUGCCUUACACCUGCACAACUUGCUUCUGAAAAAGGCCACAGACAAGUUGCUUUUUUCCUUGGUAAUGCUAGAAGGCUGCUUGAAAAGAGAUGUGAUAGGAACAGCCGCCUUGGACGCCUUUCAAAAUUAAGCCUUGCACAGGUUCUUUGGUUUAUUAUCUUGGUACUGCUGGUGACCUAUACUAAAUCUGUCAUAACGGCGUCAAAUCUGCCAAGGCCGACAGCUGGUUUUGGCCUUCUGGCAUGGAUGGGUGUUUUCCUAUCAUCUGCUGGUUUGGUUUUGUUUUAUAGGUGUAGCAGCAAGGAUCCAGGUUAUAUCAAGAUGAAAGCUCUUGAUCCUCAAAAUAUGAGAGACUGUGAACCCUUAUUGAAGAUUGAAAUAAAUAAUCCUAUUUUGCUAGCUGGAAAUUGGUCUCAGCUUUGUGCAACAUGCAAGAUCGUCAGGCCUCUUCGUGCAAAACACUGCUCCACUUGUGAUCGCUGCGUUGAACAAUUUGACCAUCAUUGCCCGUGGGUAUCAAAUUGUAUUGGCAAGAGAAACAAAUGGGAUUUUUUUCUUUUCCUCGUUUUAGAAGUUUCAGCAAUGUUGAUUACUGGUGGAGUGGCAGUUACAAGAAUUGUGACAGAUCCUCUGGCUCCUCCUCAAUUUUUUCCAUGGGUUAACCAUGCUUGUACUCAUCAUAUCGGUGCUAUAUCAUUUUUGAUGGUUGAUUUUUUCCUCUUCUUUGGUGUGGCAGCUUUAACUGUUGUACAAGCUUCUCAGAUAGCUCGCAAUAUAACAACAAAUGAAAUGGCAAAUGUGAUGCGCUAUAGCUACCUCAGAGGUGCUAGUGGCCGUUUUAGAAACCCGUAUGAUCACGGAUGCCGUAAGAACUGCUCAGAUUUCCUGAUCAAUGGCUACAAUGAAGAUGUGCAGAUUAGUGAGGAACCAACACAAUCUGAAGCUAUUGGGAUGGUACAGAUGGUGAGGGAUUUGAGUUUGGAAAAUGGUGAUACGCAAACACCAGUGAACGAAAACGGCCAUAUCGCUAUAAAUGUGAGCUCUAGCGAUGUCAAUGAACAUCAUCACGGACACAGCCACAGACAUAGCCACAACCACCACCACGGCCACAGUCAUGGCCACGGCAAUGUUCUGUCUUCUCAGUGCAACCAUAGUAAGCCUAGCAGCAAGCCGAAAAACGCGAGUGUGCCAUUGGGGUUGGGACUUGGACUUGGACGUGGACGUAGCAGUAGCCGUUCGGUGGCAUCAUGAUAUUCAUAUAUUGACCCGUUCAAGUAACACUGACAUGCAUUGUAUUAUAAGUAUACGUCCUUAAGAGCUCCGCAUUUUUUUUAUGCUGGAAAGAAGGAAUCUGUAAUUAAUUUGGGGGAUUAAAUAAAUCCAAGGUUUUCCGGA